AUGAACAGAGAGAUGAAUGUGUCGUAUAUUACUCUAGGUGGGUAUGUAGGACUAGAGAAAUAUGGCUAUGUUUAUUUUCUGAUCAUUUUCACUGUAUAUAUUUUAAUCAUCUGCUUUAAUGCAACUAUUGUAUGUCUGAUUGUGACUCACCAAAACCUGCAUGAACCCAUGUAUAUUUUCAUUGCAGCACUGCUAAUCAACUCUCUUCUCUUCAGCACUUCUGUCUAUCCAAAGCUGUUGGUUGAUGUUUUAUCUGAGACACAGGUCAUAUCACAUCCAAUGUGUCACCUUCAAAUUUUCAUGUUUUACUCUUCAGGUGGUUCAGAGUUUUUACUGCUGUCAGCCAUGGCGUUUGACAGAUAUGUAUCCAUAUGUAAACCUCUGCAGCAUCCAGUUAUUAUGAGGAAACCCACUGUUAUUGCUCUCUUAGUCCUGGCUUGGUUUCUGCCUGCUAUUCAACUAGCAGGGCAAGUGACUUUAUUGACACAAAGAAAACUCUGCAGGUUCACUUUAAAUGGAAUUUUCUGCAACAACUCCAUAUUCACACUUCACUGUGAGAGCUCAAAUCUAUUAACAACACUUGGGUUAAUCAUUUUUUUAAAUCUCAUAAUUUGUCCUUUACUUUACAUCAUUUUCACAUACACACAGAUCCUCAUAGUGUCCUACAGAAGCUGUGGAGAAGUCAGGAGGAAAGCUGCUCAGACGUGUUUACCUCACCUGCUGGUUUUAAUCAAUGUCUGCCUGUUGGGCACAUAUGAUAUACUUAAAAUCAGACUGGAAUCUCGCAUUUCUAAAACUGCACGUUUAAUAAUGACCUUACAGCUGAUUUUUUAUCACCCCCUCUUUAAUCCAAUCAUAUACGGUGUAAAGAUGAAAGAAAUUUUCAAACAUCUCAAAGGGCUGUUUGUGAAAGUGAAAUAAUUCUGUUCUGAAUGUAUUUAAUCAUUUUUUAAAAAGUGUUAUAGUUUUGAUUUGCUCUGAUAAAUUGAUCUUCUAAACAUGUUGUUAAUUGCUUAUUGAUUUAUAAGGGUUUUUUCCCAGUCUGAAAAUGAGCCUGACGUGGUUCCUGCAUGCUGAUUACUGUUUAUUAUGCACAAAGCCAUUUUCCUUUAAAAUUAAAAUAAUUAAA